GGGUUCAGGCAUGUGAUGACCAUGGCCUUUGCUAUUGAUGAGAUCAACAGAAACUCCAACCUGCUACCUAAUGUGACUCUGGGAUACAGUUUGUAUGAUAGCUGUGCUUCACUUGGAAUUUCAUUACGUGCUUCAUUAUCACUGGCCAGUGGCCGAGAGGAGCAGUUUCUUCUGGAUGAGACCUGUGAGGGGGCCCCUCCAGUGCUGGGGAUUGUGGGUGAUUCAUACUCAACAUUUACAAUUGCCAUGUCAAGUGUGAUAGGAUUAUACAAACUGCCCAUUGUGAGUUACUUUGCCACGUGUCCCUGUCUGAGUGAUCGGCAACGUUUUCCAUCCUUCUUCAGAACAAUCCCAAGUGACACUUUCCAGGUGAGCGCCAUGAUUCAGAUUCUAAAACGUUUUGGCUGGACUUGGGUGGGCCUUCUGAUCAGUGAUGAUGAUUAUGGACUCCACGCUGCCCGAUCCUUCCAGUCUGACCUGGGUCCAUCUGGUGCAGGUUGUCUGGCCUACACAGAGGUUUUACCCUGGGGUGACAACCCAGCUGAAUUGAGGAGAAUUGUAGGUGUGAUGAAGAAAUCCACAGCUCGUGUGGUCAUUGUGUUUGCACAUGAGGGUCACAUGAUUGACCUCAUGGAGGAGGUGGUGAGGCAGAAUGUGACAGGCCUGCAGUGGAUGGCCAGUGAAGCCUGGAGCGCAGUUGCUGUGCUCCAGACCCCCCACCUCAUGCCGUAUUUGGGUGGCACACUGAGCAUUGCCAUCCGUCGAGGAGAAAUACCAGGGCUCAGGGAAUUCCUCUUUAAAAUACGUCCUGACCUACACCACAACAAUAGCCAUGGAAAUAACCUGGUAAAUCAGUUUUGGGAACACACAUUUCAGUGUAGAUUUGCACCACCUCCAGCUGGUUGGGUGGAGGCUGGGGGAGCAUUAUGCACUGGACAGGAAGAUUUACAUAAUGUGGAGAGUGAGUUGUUGAAUGUGUCAGAAUUCAGACCAGAGUACAACAUAUACAAGGCUGUGUAUGCUCUGGCAUAUGCCCUGGAUAACAUGCUGCAGUGUGAGCCAGGUAGAGGGCCUUUCAGCGGGCACAGCUGUGGUACUUUGCAAAGACUGGAGCCCUGGCAGCUUGUACAUUAUUUGCAAGAAGUCAGCUUCAUGACAUCAUUUGGUGAUCAAGUGUCAUUUGAUGAGAAUGGUGAUGCUUUACCAAUCUAUGAUAUAAUGAACUGGCAGUGGCUCCGUGAUGGAAAAAUACAAGUUCAGACUGUGGGUGAGGUAAAGAAGUCAGUCUCUGGAGGUGAAGAACUCACUCUUAAUGAAGACAAAAUCUUCUGGAACUUUGAAUCUAAAAAGCCACCUCAGUCCGUGUGCAGUGAGAGCUGUCCUCCAGGGACUCGUGUGGCCAGAAAGAAAGGGGAACCUGAGUGCUGUUUUGACUGCAUCCCUUGUUCUGAGGGAAAGAUCAGCAAUAGAACUGACUCCAUGGAGUGCACCAGUUGUCCAGAGGAUUUCUGGUCCAGUCCCCAGCGUGACCACUGUGUUCCUAAGAAAACAGAGUUCCUCUCCUACCAUGAGCCUCUGGGUAUCUGUUUGAUGACAACCUCCUUGCUGGGCACAUUUAUCUGUGCUGUUGUCCUGGGCAUCUUCAGCCAUCAUCACAGCACACCCAUUGUACGUGCCAACAACUCUGAACUGAGUUUCUUGCUUCUGGUGUCACUUAAACUAUGUUUCCUCUGCUCACUGCUGUUUAUCGGUCGUCCCAGACUGUGGACAUGCCAGCUGAGACAUGCAGCAUUUGGAAUCAGCUUUGUCCUUUGUGUCUCAUGUAUCCUGGUUAAAACCAUGGUGGUUCUGGCUGUGUUCAAGGCCUCCAAGCCAGGAGGUGGAGCAAGUCUGAAGUGGUUUGGUGCUGUGCAGCAGAGAGGGACAGUUCUGGUUCUCACUUCUGUUCAAGCAGCAAUUUGCACUGCCUGGCUUGUGUCUUCCUCACCAACUCCUCAUAAAAACACUCAGUACCACAAUGACAAGAUAAUUUAUGAAUGUGUAGUUGGCUCCAUCAUUGGUUUUGCAGUUUUACUUGGUUAUAUUGGUUUACUGGCUAUCCUCAGCUUCCUGUUAGCAUUUCUAGCAAGGAACCUUCCAGACAACUUCAAUGAGGCCAAACUCAUAACUUUCAGCAUGCUGAUCUUCUGUGCUGUGUGGGUGGCCUUUGUCCCUGCUUAUGUCAACUCCCCAGGCAAAUAUGCAGAUGCAGUGGAGGUAUUUGCCAUCCUGGCCUCCAGUUUUGGCCUCUUGGUGGCACUGUUUGGACCCAAGUGUUACAUAAUCCUGCUGAGACCAGAGAGGAACACAAAGAAAGCCAUCAUGGGCCGAGGCACCUCAAAGUAA